UCCUGACAAUUAGCUGACUAUAUCUGAUCUGCGAAAUGGCCUAGUGCUUUAUUUAAUAGAGUAACUAUUAAGAUGCUCUUUUACACCUUUCACACCUCCCAUGCUUGUAAGAUGGAAGCGAUAUUGGAUUUGCUCAACUGACGUUCUGGCUUGAGCUUACUGACCGCUGGCAAUAUGUCACAAGAUAGAAGCGACGAAGCCUCUGUCCAGAAGGAUUCCGACACAGAACUAUCCUUCAGCAUCAAGAAAAUUCUCGGCGAGGCACCCCUGAAGAGAGAAAAUCGCCCCAGGUCACCGAAAUCAUCCUUGUCCCAAGAUCCCUUCAGCCCUUCAUCUGACAAUCCUUACUCGCCUAUUAUUAAACAUGUGCCAUUUUCGCCUGUGGGGUGCGUCCCGUACUUGACAAACUCUGAGUCUACGGGGGUGAUACGUGUCCCUACCCACAGACCCCACCCUGUUGUGCCCCUGUGGCCAAAUUACAGCAUACCCUGGGUAGAUAUUCGGAGGGACAGAUUUGGAGUUGUUCGGCGUGUUGGUCAUCCCUAUCAGAACCGGACGCCGCCGAAGAGGAAGAAGCCACGGACAUCCUUCUCCCGUCUGCAGAUCAUGGAGUUGGAGAAACGCUUCCACCGACAGAAGUACCUGGCGUCCGCGGAGAGGUCGGCUCUGGCCAAAGCCCUGAAGAUGACCGACGCCCAGGUCAAGACCUGGUUCCAGAACAGGAGGACGAAAUGGAGGCGACAAACUGCAGAAGAAAGAGAAGCAGAACGACAAGCCGCAAACCGGUUGAUGAUGUCGUUACAAGCGGAAGCUAGUAAGACGAUUUACGACAUUCGUGAUCCUUUGUGUAUGAGUAAUUCGUCCCUAAACGCUCUUCAAAACCUUCAACCUUGGGCAGAAGAUGGCUCAAGGAAUAAUGGCUGAUGUUUCAACUCAAUUAAUAAAUAAUUAUUGACUUUCAAGCCACCAUGAAAGGGCUGUUCCUUUUAUUCUGCCCAGAUACCAUGGGUCACGUUAAAAUCGGGAAAAAGGCUGCCUCGACCAAGUCCGUGUUUCUCCGACCAUCAAUGAUUUCAACAUCAACGAGGGGGUGUUACUUAUCGUGUAUCGUUAUGGGGAAAAUGACUUCAUAGAUUCUCAAAUCUAUUUCAAAUGCAUAUCAUGUGAUGAAACCAUGUUUGAAACAUGAAUGGAUGGCUGAAUGACUUGCUGUAUAUUUCCUUCAGUGCAUACGUGAUAUGUAUAUCAGUGCUAUAUGAAUGUUUACAAUGUUCACGUUUCAAAUUGCACAUAGUAUAUUUUGUACAUACUAUUUUUCAUUUACUUCAAAUUACAUUUCACGUCCUCUAUAUUAACUAUAAUAUAAUACGACGAAUACAUAAUUUGUUGAUUUUGACAGACUGUAGUCUAGGCAUAGUAUGGCUUAAGUAACACCGGCGUGACUCCCUCCCUCACUCACUCACUAUUCUCAUUAAAGUAUGUUUGGGGCUCCGCAUCAAUCCGUUUUACAUUAAUAUUCAUAGCCAAUUAUAGCCACGUGGGUGUAUUUAAAUGAGAAAGGAAGAUAACCUAUAUACAUAGACGAUCUGAGAUGGUUAUAAAUAAUAUUUUGGUAUUAGUAGGGAAAUAAUAGUAAUGUUAAGAAAAAUGUCUUCCCCUAUAAACACCCAUUUAUAUGUUCAGAUACUUUCUAAAUGUAUUCAUAUUAAGUUUCUUUAUGUGCUGAUAAUUUCAACAAUAAUAUUGUUUCACACAUUCACUGUAGACCGUCAACAUUUGGUAAUAUAAGCUUCUUUCCUUCCUCUCAGACGAGCAAAGCACGGGAUGGUAGUAAGCAGCUGUUGCACUGCCACUGCAAGCGAUGAUAGGUAGCGAGGUGUGUAUGAUCAUGUGCCAGUGUAAGUCAAGAGAUAAAGCGAGUCUGUCCACUCGGAUUCGUUUGGUUGUCAUUUAAACAUACAUGGACUAUCACCAACCUUCACGGGUUAUAAAAAUAUACAAGCCUGCUAACGUCUUCUUUAUGCCAGAACUACUUUGCUUAACGAAUUGACAGUCACCACAUUAUUUAUAAUUACAUUUAUGAAUGUAUCCUAACUGUAACUGUAACAUUAUUUUUAAUAUGAUAAACUAUCAUUUACUAUGGUAUGUGUAGGAGGAGAAAUGAAUACGUUUCGUGUCUUUUGCAAUAGUUUAUAUUUUUAAAGAAACUAUGGUUUUGUAUUUAUUUAUUAUUUUUUAUUUAUUUAUUUGGAUUGGUGAUACAUUCAGUUUAUAUUUUAUGUUUCGUUAUUUGAAAUUGUUUUAGUUUUCUGUUUCUUUAUCAUAUUUGUUGGCUGGUGGUUGUUGGUUUUUUUGGGGUGUUUCUUUUGAAAGAGGGGUCGACUUGAUAUUUUGUUUCGUUUUUAAAUUAACAUUUUACCUUUUCUAUAGCUUUUAUUUUUAUUUAUUUUAUUUGGAUAGGGGAAUUCAGUACAUAUCGAGAAUAGGACCUAUGAUGAACACGCUCGUACUAGAAAAACUAUUGAUUCAGCAUACGGAGUUUUCCGCAAAGCUUGACAGAGGGGCGAUUGUUACAAUAGGCGUUGCUGACCAUCUUCUCGCCGUGUACAGUUCAUUGUUGUCACGUGUCUGUUGAAUGAAAUAAAUUAUAUUCAUACUUACCCAGUGUCAGUGUUUGUUUCUUGAGUCACUUACUCACCAACUUACUUAGUGUUGUCUAUGCCGUCUACAUGUGUGCGACGUCGUCAACUGCCUUUACUCCACCCAUACAA